AUGCCUCAGGAAACAAAAUCCAAGGUCGUGCUCAUCACGGGCAUCAAUGGCUACAUAGCCACCCACAUCGGCCUUCAAUUCCUCCGGAAGGGCUACACCGUACGAGGCACUUCGCGCUCUAUUUCCGCUCGAGAUCACCUUCUCGCUGGCGCAUUCAAGGGCUACGAGUCUCAAUACCAACAUGUCGAAAUCAAAGAUAUUGUGGCCAAAGGUGCAUUCGACGAAGCCGUGCGAGCAGUCCAUGCUAUCGUCCACACUGCCUCGCCGGUCGACUUCACCCUGAAGACCGUCGAUGAGUUCUUCGGGCCCUCAAUAGGCGGCAACCUGUCCAUCCUGGAAUCAGCGAAAUACCACGCCGGCCCACAACUCGAAGCAUUCGUUGUGACGUCAUCCGUCGCCGCGAUAGUGGACCGAUGGAAACAGGCUCCUGACCACGACUACACCGAAGCAGACUGGAACACGUCCGGCGAAGCUGUCGCCCGUGAAAACUUUACCGCACCAGUAGCCUACGGAGCAUCCAAGUCCGCCGCCGAGCGAGCUCUUUGGGACUGGGUCUCGACCAACAAGCCCUCAUGGUCAGUUGCCGCCAUCAACCCAGCAGUUGUGACCGGCCCGCCGAUUUCAUUCCCCGCGUCACCAGCCAAAUUAAACGAAACCCUCCUGCCCAUCUGGCGCAUCUACGCGGGCGAAGCCGAGGCCAUGCCACCCCAAAUCGGCGGCGCCGGCUACAUCGACGUGCGGGACGUGGCGCGCAUGCAUGUCUGGGCGGCCGAGCAUAACACGGAGUCCAACGGACAACGGUACCUCCUGGCCAACGGGAAGGCACCGCCUCAAGCCGCCGCCGACCUGUUGCGCGAGAGGUUCCCCGAGCGCGACAUACUCGUCGGCGAGCCUGGCAAGGGCUACACGCCCGACUACUGGUUCGUCAAGGGCGAGAGUAGUCUUGUGAGUACCAAAGCCCUGCGUGCGCUUGGCGUGGAGAGAUUUACUUCCUACGAUCAAAGUAUCCUCGAUACCGUCGAGGCGUUGGAGAAGCACUGGCCUGGGUACGCUAAGAACUUCAAGCAAUAA